GAUCGUACAUACCAACCGGAGGAGAGUAGUUAAAUCAGCAACUGGAGUCGGGCAUUAACACCAGAUACCAGUAACACCAUAUUUUCUCCGUCACAUCAUCAUUUAACUCCGCGUUUUUAUUAUUAUUUUUAAUUUCUGGAUUGGUGCAAAAAAACAUCCUCGCCUCAUUUUUUUCAUGAAGAAUGGGCUGCGCAAUAUCUGGUCUAGCAGCAAAAUCAGAGUUUGGAGAGAGGAUUACAGAUGAUGGUGCUGCUGUGCAUCUCAGCGAGUAUCACAUUCAGAUGAUCAAGGAGUCAUGGAAAGUUAUCCGGGACGAUAUUGCGAAAGUUGGGAUUAUUAUGUUUGUCAGGUUGUUUGAGACCCAUCCCGAAUGCAAGGACGUCUUCUUCCUGUUCAGAGACGUGGAGGACCUGGAGAGGUUGAGGACCAGCCGGGAACUCAGGGCACAUGGCCUACGGGUGAUGUCUUUUAUCGAGAAAAGCGUGGCUAGACUGGACCAGAUGGAGAGAUUGGAGGCUCUGGCUCUGGAGCUCGGAAAAAGCCAUUAUCAUUACAACGCCCCACCUAAGUACUACAGUUAUGUCGGAGCAGAAUUCAUCUGUGCCGUGCAGCCCAUCCUGAAGGAGAGAUGGACAGCUGAGCUGGAGGAGGCAUGGAAGACUAUGUUCCAGUACGUGACCAACCUAAUGAAGCAGGGAUACCAGGAGGAGAGCAACCGACAGCGGCAGCUAGCGGUGUCCCCGAAGGAAAGACCAGACAAGAAGAACACGGCGCUAUGAGAUGCUUCUUUCAACCACAACUCAAGACUGUUUUUACAAGUACAGCACAGAAAUGUGUUCAUGUAUAUAAUGUACCUACUGUCUCGUUUUCUACAUUGCUCAUAUAUACCACACCCAUUGUUUGCUAUUUUACCAGAAUGACAAAAAUAAUGCCGUGACUUUUAACAAAGCACUUUAUUUCUGAACUUAAAUUCCGCUGCAGUCCUCUCCCAUGAGGUCAGCAUGACAUUACAAAUGUUGACAAAAUAUGCUGCCUUGUAAUCAUGAACAGAAAUGUAAUUAGACUUACAGCCAAUA